CGAGCCCCGGAGCCGCCGCCGCCGCCGCCGCCGCAGCUCCGCGCUCGGGGACCCGCGCCCCUGCCGGUGCCCAUGCGGGGCCGCCGCCAGUGACGCCGGAGAGGUGUCUCCGCGCCCACUCGGGCUCCCGACGCCGCUGAGGGUGACCCACCAAGGCCGGAGCGAUGGCCGGGGCCUCGGUGAAGGUGGCGGUGCGCGUCCGCCCCUUCAAUUCCCGGGAGAUGAGCCGAGACUCCAAGUGCAUCAUCCAGAUGUCCGGGAGCACCACCACCAUCGUUAACCCCAAACAGCCCAAGGAGACACCCAAGAGCUUCAGCUUCGACUACUCCUACUGGUCACACACCUCGCCCGAGGACAUCAACUACGCGUCGCAGAAGCAGGUGUACCGCGACAUCGGCGAGGAGAUGCUGCAGCACGCCUUCGAGGGCUACAACGUGUGCAUCUUCGCCUACGGGCAGACCGGGGCCGGCAAGUCCUACACCAUGAUGGGCAAGCAGGAGAAGGACCAGCAGGGCAUCAUCCCGCAGCUCUGCGAGGACCUGUUUUCCCGUAUCAAUGACACGACCAAUGACAACAUGUCCUACUCUGUAGAGGUCAGCUACAUGGAGAUUUACUGUGAGCGAGUCCGUGACCUCCUGAACCCCAAGAACAAAGGGAACCUGCGCGUGCGAGAGCAUCCGCUGCUGGGGCCCUACGUGGAGGACCUCUCCAAGCUGGCCGUCACCUCCUACAAUGACAUCCAGGACCUCAUGGACUCAGGGAACAAGGCCAGGACCGUGGCCGCCACGAACAUGAAUGAAACCAGCAGCCGCUCCCACGCCGUCUUCAACAUCAUCUUCACCCAGAAGCGCCACGACGCGGAGACCAACAUCACCACGGAGAAGGUGAGCAAGAUCAGCCUGGUGGACCUGGCGGGCAGCGAGCGGGCUGACUCCACGGGUGCCAAGGGCACGCGUCUCAAGGAGGGCGCCAACAUCAACAAGUCCUUGACCACGCUGGGGAAGGUCAUCUCCGCCCUGGCCGAGAUGGACUCCGGGCCCAACAAGAACAAGAAAAAGAAGAAGACCGAUUUCAUUCCCUACAGAGACUCCGUGCUGACCUGGCUCCUCCGGGAAAAUCUGGGCGGGAACUCGAGGACGGCGAUGGUGGCGGCCCUGAGCCCCGCGGACAUCAACUACGACGAGACGCUGAGCACGCUGAGGUACGCCGACCGGGCCAAGCAGAUCCGCUGUAACGCCGUCAUCAACGAGGACCCCAACAACAAGCUGAUCCGUGAGCUCAAGGAUGAGGUGACCCGGCUGCGGGACCUGCUGUAUGCCCAGGGUCUCGGGGACAUCACCGACACCAACACUGUGCCCGGAGGACCCAAAUACGUGUCCGACCUUGAGAACAAUAACCGUAACCGUGGCGGGGCGGAGCUGAGUCCAGCCCCUGACAAUCUCUCCACAGUGACCAACGCCCUGGUGGGCAUGAGCCCCUCGUCCUCGCUCUCGGCCCUGUCCAGCCGCGCCGCCUCCGUGUCCAGCCUGCACGAGCGCAUCUUGUUUGCCCCGGGCAGCGAGGAGGCCAUCGAAAGGCUGAAGGAGACGGAGAAGAUCAUAGCCGAGCUCAACGAGACCUGGGAGGAGAAGCUGCGGCGGACGGAAGCCAUCCGGAUGGAGAGGGAGGCCCUGCUGGCCGAGAUGGGCGUGGCCAUGAGGGAGGAUGGCGGCACGCUGGGGGUGUUUUCUCCCAAAAAGACACCACAUCUUGUCAACCUGAACGAGGACCCCUUGAUGUCCGAGUGUCUCCUGUACUACAUCAAGGAUGGCAUCACCAGAGUGGGCCGGGAGGAUGCGGAGCGGCGGCAGGACAUCGUCCUGAGCGGGCACUUCAUCAAGGAGGAGCACUGCGUCUUCCGGAGCGAUUCCCGAGGGGGCAGUGAAGCCGUGGUGACCCUGGAGCCCUGCGAGGGCGCAGACACCUAUGUCAAUGGCAAGAAAGUCACGGAGCCUAGCAUCCUGCGGUCAGGCAACCGCAUCAUCAUGGGAAAGAGCCACGUGUUCCGGUUCAACCACCCCGAGCAGGCGAGGCAGGAGCGCGAGCGCACGCCCUGCGCAGAGACGCCCGCCGAGCCCGUGGACUGGGCCUUCGCCCAGCGUGAGCUGCUGGAGAAGCAGGGCAUUGACAUGAAGCAGGAGAUGGAGCAGAGGCUCCAGGAGCUGGAGGACCAGUACCGCCGCGAGCGAGAGGAGGCCACGUACCUGCUGGAGCAGCAGAGGCUGGACUACGAGAGCAAGCUGGAGGCCCUGCAGAAGCAGAUGGACUCCAGGUACUACCCUGAGGUGAACGAGGAGGAGGAAGAGCCGGAGGAUGAAGUCCAGUGGACGGAGAGGGAGUGUGAGCUGGCGCUCUGGGCCUUCCGGAAGUGGAAGUGGUACCAGUUCACGUCGCUGCGGGACCUGCUGUGGGGCAACGCCAUCUUCCUCAAGGAGGCCAACGCCAUUAGCGUGGAGCUCAAGAAGAAGGUCCAGUUCCAGUUUGUCCUCCUCACCGACACGCUCUACUCCCCGCUGCCGCCGGACCUGCUGCCCCCAGAGGCCGCCAAAGACCGGGAGACUCGCCCCUUCCCGCGCACCAUUGUGGCCGUGGAGGUCCAAGACCAGAAGAACGGGGCCACCCACUACUGGACGCUGGAGAAGCUCAGGCAGCGCCUGGACCUGAUGCGGGAGAUGUACGACCGGGCGGCAGAGGUGCCCUCCAGUGUCAUCGAGGACUGUGACAACGUGGUGACGGGCGGAGACCCCUUCUACGACCGCUUUCCUUGGUUCCGGCUGGUGGGCAGUUCAGUCAUCUCUGGCUGCAACAGCUACCCUCUUCUCAACACAUGCAUGAGCGAGCGCAUGGCUGCUCUCACCCCCUCCCCCACCUUCUCGAGCCCCGACUCCGACGCCACCGAGCCUGCCGAGGAGCAGAGCGUGGGGGAGGAGGAGGAGGAGGAGGAGGAGGAGGAGGAGGAGGACCUGGAGGACGACGUCUUUCCGGAGCACGCGCUGUGCGACGGCCGGGACCCGUUUUACGACCGGCCCCCCCUGUUCAGUUUAGUAGGAAGGGCCUUCGUCUACCUGAGCAACCUGCUGUACCCCGUCCCCCUGGUGCACCGCGUGGCCGUCGUCAGCGAGAAGGGAGAGGUGAAGGGCUUCCUCCGCGUGGCCGUGCAGGCCACCUCAGCUGACGAAGAGGCCCCCGACUAUGGCUCUGGCGUCCGACAGUCCGGCACGGCCAGAAUCUCCUUCGACGACCAGCAUUUUGAAAAGUUCCAGUCUGAGUCCUGCCCCGUGGUGGGGAUGUCCCGCUCGGGGACCUCCCAGGAAGAGCUGCGCAUCGUGGAGGGUCAGGGCCAGGGUGCAGACACCGGGCCCUCGGCCGACGAGGUCAACAACAACACCUGCUCAGCCGUGCCCCCGGAAGGCCUCCUCCUGGACAGCCCCGAGAAGGCCGCCCCGGACGGGCCGCUGGAUGCCGCCCUGGACCACCUGCGCCUGGGCAGCACCUUCACCUUCCGCGUGACUGUCCUACAGGCGUCCAGCAUCUCCGCCGAAUACGCCGACAUUUUCUGCCAGUUCAACUUCAUCCACCGCCAUGAUGAGGCCUUCUCCACGGAGCCCCUCAAGAACACAGGGAGGGGCCCCCCGCUCGGCUUCUACCACGUCCAGAACAUCGCAGUGGAGGUGACCAAGUCCUUCAUCGAGUACAUCAAGAGCCAGCCCAUCGUGUUCGAGGUCUUCGGCCACUACCAGCAGCACCCGUUCCCGCCCCUCUGCAAGGACGUGCUCAGCCCCCUGAGGCCCUCGCGCCGCCACUUCCCGAGGGUCAUGCCGCUGUCCAAGCCAGUGCCUGCCACCAAGCUCAGCACGCUAGCACGACCCUGCCCGGGGCCCUGCCACUGCAAGUACGACCUGCUGGUCUACUUCGAGAUCUGUGAGCUGGAGGCCAACGGCGAUUACAUUCCCGCAGUGGUGGACCACCGUGGCGGGAUGCCGUGCAUGGGGACCUUCCUGCUGCACCAGGGCAUCCAGAGACGGAUCACCGUGACGCUGCUGCACGAGACGGGCAGCCACAUCCGCUGGAAGGAAGUUCGAGAGCUGGUCGUGGGUCGGAUCCGAAACACUCCCGAAACCGAUGAGUCCCUGAUCGACCCGAACAUCUUGUCGCUCAACAUCCUCUCCUCCGAUUAUAUCCACCCGGCCCAGGACGACCGGCAGUUUCUUGAUUCGGACAUGCCUAGCGUUUCAUUCGGAAAUGACACUAGGACCUUCUACCAAUUCGAGGCUGCGUGGGACAGCUCCAUGCACAACUCUCUCCUGCUCAACCGGGUCACCCCGUACCGAGAGAAGAUCUACAUGACCCUCUCAGCUUACAUUGAGAUGGAGAACUGCACCCAGCCGGCCGUCAUCACCAAGGACUUCUGCAUGGUCUUCUACUCUCGGGACGCCAAGCUGCCCGCUUCCCGCUCCAUCCGCAACCUGUUUGGCAGCGGGAGCCUCCGGGCCUCGGAGAGUAACCGCGUGACGGGCGUGUACGAGCUCAGCCUGUGCCAUGUGGCCGACGCCGGCAGCCCAGGGAUGCAGCGGCGGCGGCGGCGCGUGCUGGAUACAUCCGUGGCCUAUGUGCGGGGCGAGGAGAACCUGGCGGGCUGGAGGCCGCGGAGCGACAGCCUCAUCCUGGACCACCAGUGGGAGCUGGAGAAGCUGAGUCUCCUGCAGGAGGUUGAGAAGACCAGACACUACCUUCUGCUGCGGGAGAAGCUGGAGACCACCCAGCGGCCCGGCCCCGAGGCGCCGUCCCCCGCCUCCAGCGAGGACUUGGGGUCCCACGGCUCCUCCAGCCCCUCGUCACCCCUCUCAGCCGAGAGCCGCCCGUCACCUCUGGAGACUCCCAAUGAGAGGCAGCGGGAGCUGGCUGUCAAGUGCUUACGCCUCCUCACGCACACGUUCAACCGAGAGUACACCCACAGCCACGUCUGCAUCAGUGCCAGCGAGAGCAAGCUCUCCGAGAUGUCUGUCACCCUGCUUCGGGACCCAUCCAUGUCCCCGCUGGGGGCGGCCACCCUCACCCCCUCCUCCACCUGCCCCUCUCUUGUCGAGGGGCGGUACGGAGCCGCUGAGCUGAGGACCCCCCAGCCCUGCUCCCGACCCGCCAGCCCAGAGCCUGAGCCUGUGCCAGAGGCAGAUUCCAAGAAGCUUCCCUCCCCUGCUCGGGCUGCGGAGGCCGAUAAGGAGCCCCAGCGCCUGCUGGUUCCCGACAUCCAGGAGAUCCGGGUCAGCCCCAUCGUGUCUAAGAAGGGCUACCUGCACUUCCUGGAGCCGCACACGGCCGGCUGGGCCAAGCGCUUCGUGGUGGUACGGCGGCCCUACGCCUACCUGUACAACAGCGACAAGGACUCCGUGGAGAGGUUCGUGCUCAACCUGUCCACCGCCCAGGUGGAGUACAGCGAGGACCAGCAGGCCAUGCUCAAGACGCCCAACACGUUCGCUGUGUGCACGGAGCACCGCGGCAUCCUGCUGCAAGCCAACAGCGACAAGGACAUGCACGACUGGCUGUACGCCUUCAACCCGCUCCUGGCCGGGACCAUACGGUCCAAGCUCUCCAGAAGGCGGUCUGCCCAGAUGAGGGUGUGAGCCGGAGCCCUCCCGCCACAGCCAGCAGGCCGGCCCCCCCCCAGCCCUCAUCACCACCCGUCAUGUCACGCGCCCAGCCUGCCCCCACCAGCCAGCCAGCGAGUCCCCUCUUGGGGGACAACGCGCCGGGCCCCGCGAGCGCCACCUCUGGCCUGGGGACCUGCGCCACACGACCUGUCCUGCUCCCAGCAGAGGCUGCGUCUGUUCUUUAUUCUUUCUGAGCGAGCCCUGGGUGGGAAGAGCUGGGAGGUGCUGGGAAGGCCAGAGGGCACAAGUCACAGGGGCAUCGCUGCCGUUCUAAUAUUUUUUUAAGCAUAGACAGACUUAUAAUUAAUAUACAUUAGUCCGUGACACUGGAACAGUCCCCCCAGAAAUUAACUCUAAGACUGUGUUCUAUUUAUAAGUAUUUAUUUCUAAUGCCUUCACCUAGACCUGUAGGAUUCUGAUGGACCCUGUCCCUUGCUUGAUCCCAUUCACAUCCCCCAAGGCUCGUAGGGACGACCACGGCGAAGGCCGGGCACCUCCUGGUUGGCACCACGGGGGCUGCACGGGGGCAGGCCCUCAUCCCGGGGUGUGCGUGUGUGAGCGUCAGGGGACCCGGUGCCCGGAGUCCGAGCCGCACGCGUGCAAUCUGCAAGCCCCCCCUCACGGCGGCCACUGAGCCGGGCAGUGCGGCAGCUUCUCCGUGGAAGCGUAUGCAGCCGGGGGAGGCCAGGCGGACGGGCUCCGGGGCCGGGGGGCUCUCCCGGCGGGGCCGGCAGGGUGCAGGCGGCUGGGGUUAGAGGUGGUCCAGGCGGCGAGGGCUUGUGGAGCGGCUUCUCCAGCUGCUGCGAGAAAUGGGGUGAGCUCAGGGUGGUUGCUGGGGAGAAAGCGCGGGACUUCCCACCUCCGCCCCAAGAGAAGAGUUUCCGGGGGGCCCAGUGAGAAGAUUCCAGGGGUCGGAUGAGGGCCGCCGGCGGUGGGGUCGUGGUCGGCAGGGAGGCCUUCCCGUCCUGCAGCGAGGGUGUCGCCUUGUGCCGUUCCUUACAACGUCCACUCUGUUCUCUCUGCAGACUCCAGGCCUAAGGGCCAGCCCAGGAUCCGCCCCAGGCCCGGGCCCGAGACCCGUCGGAGAAGCCACGGGGCCUGGGGGGGACCAGGGCCUGUUCCACACCCAGGGGCACACGUGGGCUCAUUUCUCAGUCAAGGGUACACAGCAAGCAAACCCCAAACCCCUGCACCCCCCUCCCCGCCCCGGCCCACCGAGAGCGGAUUUCAGAGUCCGGGCGUGCCAGGCCCAGGUUCCGGGGCCUUCCGCGGGCUUUGCCAGACCUGCAGGGCGCCACUCGCUGACCCUCACCUUCCCCUCAGUUUGGAUUGCCCCGUCCCACCCCAGCCAAUGGUCCCACUCCCCACCCCCAGCCCGAGCUGUCCCCCACGGCACCGACGCAACAUGUGGACCUUGUCCCGAUUCUACGCAUGAGGCCAGAAGCACGUGUUUCCUCCAGAGGCUGAGGGCUCGGCUCCCACACUGGGCGAGGAGGUUCCGGUUUGGGGCUGACCGUGGGGGGCCUCCUAGAGGCCCCUUUAGCUCCGCCUCGGACAUGGGGCCAGGCUGAUGGGCUCGCCAGUCCGAGCAGCCCCGGCAGCGGUGUCUGGGCCCACCAGCCGCACCCGGCGGGGCGCUAGACGGAGCGUGCCUUCCCCACACCUGGCCUUGGGCAGCACGUCCGCGGCCACUAGAGCCACGGAAGGCCCCGCGGGGGCAGUAGCUCCAUCACUAAGAACCACGUCGUGGGAAGCCACAUCCGCGAAGCGCAGGCCUCGGUGGCUUCCGUGGAGACCCUCACGUCCCGGGCUGACCCAGAAACCGGACGUCCCUAGGCCGAGACCGGAGAGCAGGGGUGCGGCUCUGCCCACACCAAGCACUACGCUGGCUUCUCUGAUGGGCUGGAGGGCAGGGAGGAGGAGCAGGAGGGAGGGAGUGUGCCAAGAUGAUGUGGUUCCCAGGAGCCCCCGCCCGCCGCAGGGAGACCGGGGUGCGGGCCCACCCAGGCCGCAGCCCACUCAGGCCAGCCAGCCUGCAGCCGGGGCCUCGGAGGGUCUAGGCCCUCGCACCCGGGGCGCAGGUGUCUGAGGCCAGCCAACCUGCAGGGCACCUGCCUCGUGGGGCGGGCGAAGGAAGAGGGCCCACCGAGGGUUCCUGGGAACCACCCUGACUUCGGGAGCCUCCACGGCCAUGGAGGUGCGCCGGCGACUGCGUCAUUUUGGCCUGGGGCCGCUUGGCAGUUGACCAGGAGCCAGGUGUGGGCCACACGGACGCCCGGCCCCGUCGUCACCACCAGACCCUCGGAGCUCCUGGGGAGAGAACUCAGAGUCCGGAAACCUGGUCUCCUCACGUCCGCCCUGCCGGAAGCCACCCGCGUGUCACGUUAGUGGGGACGGGCGUUUAACAAACCGGGACGCGGUCACGUGUGUGACCCGGGGGCCCCCGAGGGGCUGCCUGUCGUGCGGUGCAGAGAGGAAAGUCGGACCUGGCUAUUUCCCACUGCCUUGGGGGAUCGGGGGGGGGGUCCAGAAAGCCACCUCGGGGAGGUUUUUUGUUUUAGCGCCUGAUGCCGCUCGUUUCGGUUUAAGGGACAGCCGUCCUCGCCCGGUGGGGGUGAGCUGCUGCUGCAGGCCCAGGAAGGGGUGCGGGGCUCCGAGGCUCCAGGCUGGUGCCCGGGGCGAGGGUUGAGGUGCCCCUACCUUCCAAGGCCGCCCCGUUCUGAGUCCACUCCCACGGUGCCCAUGUUUCCGUCGCACACACACGCACACGCACAUACACACACACACCCCGGGGUGGCUGCGGCGAGGUGCCCUCCCCCUCAGUCCUGGUCCCGACUCCGCGCCUGUGGGCGGGGGUGGCGAGGGCCCCCAAAUGUCGCAGGUGUACGGGUGCGAGCGGGGGCGCGGUGCCGGCCCCCGUCAGCUCCCUCCAGUGUGGGACCCCGGAAGGCGCCCUCCUUUCCCCCGGGUCCAGGGCAAGCAUUCCCCCGGGGAUCAGCGGAGGCUGUGGCUUCUCCCAGGGCCUGUGCUUCGUGCAGCUAGCCGUCCCGAGCUCCUCCGUGGCUUGUACAUAUGUGGUUGUGUGGCACCCCCGGCCCCUGCACCGUAACCGCCAUCCUGACGUAACGACUAGUUCCCUGACGUCCUAAACCUGAGUGUUAGGCUCUAGGCUCCUGUACUGUGUGUGCACUAAGAUCCUGUCCAGUUAAGAAAUAAAUGUGGCUCCUUAUGCAGCACCAGA